CUAAACACAUAGUUGAGAGCAUGUCCGUUAAAGAGCUGAUGAACAUAUUUACAACUUUCAGAAUGUUCUGUAUAUUACACCCACUGAGUCGGGUGACAAUAAGUGAGCUGUUCUCCACUAGAUGGUGGCAAUGCUUCACUUUAACACUUCAUACACUUUCAAAUGCCUCCCACUCACCUCCAUAAUGCAUUUACUGAGCACAGCGAGUGCAUCACUCACACACUACUGAACAUGCUGGACAACUAGUUUUGAUAUUUAUCAGUUUAGCCAGGUGUUGAAACAUGGAGGAAUGUUUAUUGCCUUUGCUUCAAGUAGCCCUGGGCAAUAUAUCGAUAUUAUGUCAAUAUCGUGUUAUGAGACUAGAUGGAGUCUUAGAUUUUCAAUAUCGUAAUAUGGCAUAGAUCGUAAGUGUCUUUUUCCAGGUUUAUGUCCAUAAACCUGGAAAAAAAGGUUGUUGAUAAGGUUGUUUUAUCAAAACAGUCUUAUUGUGAAAGCAUCAAUAGUCCCUAUAUCAUCAUGGCAAUGUAGAUAUUGAGGUAUUUGGUCAAAGAUAUCGUGAUUUAAAUUCCUCCACAUCUCCCAGCCCUACUUUAAAGCAUCAUUCUCAUACAUUUUAUUUUUGUGUCUGUAUCUUUCAUACUCUAACACACACACACACACACACACAUACACACACACAAACCUUUUGGUGCGGACAUAAAUCUUCACUGAGCCACUCUAAACUGUAAACAAUUUUUUCUUAGUCUCAGCAGCACGGCAGCAUGUGUGUCAGACUGUGACGUUUUUCUUCAGGCGAUCCCCGACUCCAGAGCUAAAUUUAGCAACAGACUUGUGUCCACAGCUGCCACUGGAUACAGCUGAACGGGAUGCAGCCUAACCUGUUAAUCCACUACUCUACCUCAAGCCCACUGCCUCGGAGUCUUGCUACAAUGAUGAAAGCCGCUGUAUCGUGUGUUUUGUGCUUCAUCUUUGUCACGAUGUUUAGGUAUUAGAUAAAGAUUUGGUGACCUCUCCGGUUCCUCUUUGAGCUAUCUGUGUCUGGCCGAGUCUGACAGCCUGUCAAAGUGUUCUAGUCAGAAAUGUUGCGUGGGCACAAGAGGUGGGAGUGCCAGGGAUUACACAAUUCUAUUUCGUCUUGGUGUUUGUUGUAUUUCAAUUUAAGUCUCUUUAUACAUGGCAGCUCAACAAGAUGUCUUCAUGAUCACAGUUUAAGGGUUAGUACAUUGUGUUUAUAUUCCACGUGUAUAGUUUUAACUUGAAUAAUGCAUCAAGAGGAUUGUAACUUUAAAUAAUGAUAAAGGUCAUUGUCAUCAUUGGUUAUUUACGAAGUUGUAACAUCUGAUUCAUAAGGCUUUAUAUGUGGUUUGUAUAACAUCAUAGUUUUAAGAAGCACAGCCAUGGACGUCACAGAGGGCGUAGCUUUGCCACACAAGUAGUCGCUGUUGUUCAAAUAGAUGGUAAGAGCACCUUUUAUAGCACCUUCAGCACACUACUGAACGUAGAUGUGUUGUUUUCAAUAAAGCCUGCCAUGUCAACAUCUAUGUUAACAUUGCCUUGGCUACUAGUUAUAGUUAAAAGUGUGGGUGCAAGAUUAGUGACAGACAAGGGGCAUUAUGGCGGGAAAUUUAAAAUUUAAUUAACGCCUGAAAGUGUCAUUUCCUGCAAUAUAGAGCCUUUAAUCAAGACCAAUAAAGCUGCUCUUUCACUAUAAAGCACAGUUUAUAUUGCACAAUAUGUUAGUGUGUGUCACAGGAUUUUGUGUGACUUGGAGCAGUCGUGCAGCGGGCCCCGCCCCUCUUUGCAGUGAGACGGCGUGCACUAGGUCUACGGGAUGUAAAAAAAAAAAAAAAAAAAGUGUGGAUACAACAAAAAUAAACACAUAUUUGCUCCCCCAAGUCUCCACAUGUACUUUCAUGCCUGUCCGCAUUAACCGUGUGUUUUUCUCCAUGUCUGAAGGAGUGUGUGUCUCUGUGAGUGUGUGUGUCACUGGAGGCUGCAGGGAGGCUGCUCUGUACUUUAUGAAUACCCAGUAGUGACGGGCGGUAGGAGGCGUCCCUCACCCCUUUAGACACUCGGGCUCUAGAGUUGUGCUGUUGUCGCUUUGGAAGUUUCGUACUAAACAACGUUCAGUACACAUUUCCUAAACUGUUGAGAACCAUCCCUGAAUAAAAUGUGAUGUUGUGUUUGUUUUCCUCGGGCGAUGUCUAUUGCUUUCGUUCUCUCUUGAACGUCUCAUUUGAAUUCAACAAAUUGAAUUUGUUGGGAAUCCUGCCAUGAUUUAUUUUUGUAUGUCUCUUAUGACAUUUCCAUUGCAAAUUACAAUACAGUCUUUAGGCAACAGAAAUUGUGAUGGAUAUACGUAAGUCAAUGCGGUAAGAGUCGUUUCUUAAAAGGUCAAGUCUGAGGCAAAGAGGGAAAGUCCACCGAAGCUUUUAGAUUAUUUCUGUGAUUUUUUUGGUCACUCUGGCAAAUUUAAUGCACAGGGACAUUUUAUAUGUCACGGUUGACUGAUUCAUCAGAAAGUCAGCAAAACCAGGUCCUGAGUUCGGGUUGCAGGUAUAUAUUUUGACUGAAUUUCUCUUUGAUGGAACCUACUUCAUAUUUCCUUUCAUUGCUUUGUUGUGUAUUUGACAGGAAACUCUCUCUCUCUUCCCCCCACAUUGCUCAUGGCACCUUAGUUUUGCUCUGUGUAUUCUCCUGUGGUCCCCAUUUAGUGUUAUCAUUGAGAAUACACUAUAUCCACUCAGGCUGAAACCACUUCUUCAAAAGUUUUGACCUACUGUAUUAUUGUACAAACAUACUUACACUUUUCUUCUGUAGUUAUCUGUCUCUCAAUGUCCUUCUUGGGUUCUGCUGGUACUGCCUAGCAUUUGUGUGUAUUGUGAACUACUCUGCCUGGUGUUUCCUUUCAGAAAGCUCCUUUUGUCUUUUCCUUGUAAGGCGUGAUAGUGUUGGUGUAGGCCGAGACCUCAGGCAGGACCACCAGACAAAAGGUUUGAGCUGGUCUGACCUCUCAACAUGUCAAGGAUAUACAAACAGCAGUCUGACCACAUUAUAGACCCGCUGCCUUGUUUCUAUAUUUAUACUGCUGGAGGCCAUUCAGGGUGACGGCAUCAGUAGCUGAGAAAUAAAUAGGAGCCAUCUGUUUCAUAAGCAUAACUUGUGUGACAGGACCAUCAAACGGCAUCAGCUAGAAAGCGAUGGGUCACACACUGUAAUAGAUCUGUGUUGGCCGUCACAGCUGUGAACGGUCAAGGGCAUCACAAUACCUGCAGGUUCUCAUAAAAGUGUUCUUUCUUGCAGAAUGCAAAUAUUCACUUUAUCACGUUAGCAUUAUUAAACAGAACAAAUACAGACAAACCAGUUAUUUUAUGACAAUUGAGAGUAUCUCAAAUAUGAAUGAAUACACGUUGAUAUUUAGAAUAGCUGACUUCAUUCUACUUCUGGCUGAUUGGAGAUGCUCAGUGUUGUCUGUCAAUGUGAUCCGGAAUACCUGUUUAAAUAACACAACCAGCUACAUCCUCCACUAGAUGUUUCUAUCAUAUAAAUGAUGCUUCUUCUUUUAUGAAACAAUGUCUUGCCAAUUUAAGUCAAUCAUUUGAAUUAUCUACUAAAGUUAGCAGUUGUUGACAGUUGGUGUUAUUUAAAUAUGAUUAAAUGGCAAAUUUCUGAAGUCUGACAUCUAUUUUUUUAUUUUUUUUUUUAUUUUUUUUUUUUUCCCAUCAGCACCUUUUUUGGUCUGUAUGACAAUGGCAAACAACAUGAAAUAUAAUGAUUGAAAGGCUAAACUAUAUUUUGGCACCUAAAAUGUCCCAAAAGUUGUACUAAUGGGUGUAUAUUGACUGCUAUUUGAUGGAUGGCUACAUCUGGCUCUGAAGAGGGUUCAUUGAGAUAGUUGGUAAGAAAAGGUGAGGUAUCCUCUCCUCCACCGACAUGAUCAGUGCCUCUGGCUUCUCGUUGCUAAAAUUCUACGCCUGUCCAUCAUGGCGAGCUAGCUAGCCAGUGAGUGUCGUGGAUGUUGCGGUACAAAGAUACAGGCAUGACAUGAUGGUACAAGUGCCCAUUUAAAGAUGGGUUAGGGUAUUUUUCUGUAAUGAGGACCCCAGGUCCCUUCAUCAGGAGUUGAACUCAAAUUUCUCCAAACGAUCUGGACUUAGGAUGCCAAGAGGACAAGCAGCCGCAUCUUCCCGCUGAAAUGCGUGCAAUAUAAAGCAUUUCUGCCGAGCAACGCUCCUCUGUGUGAACCUUUGGUAUGACAAAUGCACACAGGCAGGCUGGAGGAUCUUCCGAUGAACAGGACAGAUCACUGUGCUUCCUCCAGAUUAGUGAGCACGCUCCCUCGGACUGUGUGACUCAGCCCCGUUUGGUUUAAGCACAUCUGAAUUCCCUACAUUGCCGUGGGCUCCCUGCUGUUUUGUAGUGGUCAACAUAUUUUCUGUGUUUUUACUCUGUUGCAUACUGUAUCAGAAAUAUGUUGUCUUUCUUGGAUCAAUAUCUGGCUAUAGCAACUCAUUGAAAAUACAACAAUUUACAAAUAUGUUGUCCUUAUUCUCCCCAUAUUUUUAAUGACAUAUAAUCUCUGAGAACAGCUAAAGCCAAAAGUCAUCGUAAUGACUUUAUUAUGAUGACAGGGGUUCCCUCUCUUCUGUUGUUUUGUAUGAUCGUGUCGGCUCUCUCGCUCCGUUAGAUCUGUCAAUGGGAACACCUGAAACGACAACUCCUUCUGAGCCCUGCUGUCUGCGGGGAAUCUGUCAUGUUCACUGGAGAAUUAAAAAUUGCUGCACACAGCUGUGACCGGCUUCUCUCUGCACUGUUCUCUAAGGAAAUCCCAGAAAAACUAAGAUAUUUAGCUUCAACAAAAUGAAAAGUACAGAAAAAUUACACAAAAGAUUGAUACUAAGAUAACCUAAUAUAGAAUACUAUUCUCAUAUAUUUUUCUGCAUCAGUUAAUUACAUUGUCAUUGCAGCGAUGAAAGGGUCAACCAUUAGCAAUGUUCUGACCCAGCCUCAGGAGGCUUUAAGCUGCUAGAAAAGCAUGACAGCAUCUGUCAAUCACCACUGUCAAUUUGUCUGACCGCACAUCACUUUCCAUUACCUCUCUUAAGCCCUUUCUCACACACACACACACACACUACUCUGCUUCACCACUCCUAUCUCAGGGAUGCUAUCCUGUACACUUUGUUACUCAAACCCUCACUAAUGUUGUUGAAUUAAACCCUGAGUAAGUGGAACUUUAACCUCCAUUAGACAGCUGGCCAACACUUACACAUACAACUGUGGUCAUCCUCAGCUUGGUGAACGGUGCUCUAACAAUCACUGCCUGAUGUCACAAACUGCAUUUUCCUGGCCUGGUGCCUGUGGACACGCUUUCUUAAGUUAACGUUAUGAGAUGUACAGAGAAGAAGGCACAGCUAGAAGGAGAUGAAGCCGUUGAGAAUAGGUUAUUCUGUUUAGCUUGAAGGAGUCUUUACCUUGAGAUGUAAUUUCCCUUUUUAAUUGUAGAGGAUCUCUGCAGUAAUACAGAAAGCCAGUGCUUGCCCAACUAGCUGGGACAGUUCAGGCCUAGCGCCCUGCAGCAACUCUGGAUGCCAGUUCAUGUGCCAAUCUCAAAUCGCUGGAGGUACCCAGACUGCCCCUGAGACCAAAUUAGUGAACGACCGCAUGAGACACUCGCGAAUAUCAAAUUUGGGAGUCCUUUUCCCCUUUCAGUGGCUAAGGGCGUUCUUUGUGUAUUGUCUAGUCUCACUGUGUAGAAUUGAUUCAGCGAGCAAAUGACUAUUUUUAGAGCUAAUGCUGCGGUGAAGGAUCUCUACUCAUGACGGUGGACCACUGUACCUCCGUGGUCCGUUUCUAAUUUUCUGUCGAUGAAAACACAGCAGUAGUCUUUCCCUCUCUGGCACUGAUGUUGCUCAGCUGCAGUAUGUGGGCUGUAAGCUGAGAGAAGUCAGCUGUCCAAGCAAAACCUCCCGUACAGCCGGGGCGGACUACCGGCGCUUCAUUAUGCUAUGAUCUCCAAUCCUUCCUCUCGAUCAGGGCUGAAAGGAUUAUCAGAACAAAACCAAUCAUUUUAAGUGUGCGUGUUUCUGCAGCUUUCCUUUCUUGUAUUCUUUUGUUUUCCUUCUCCGGCCUCACUAAAAAAAAGCUGUUGUUGGUGAAUUUUACUCUGCUGUAGUCAUGAUCGCAUAAACGCACACGUUAAGCUGUAUUCUCUCCUCUUCCUCCCCCGCACACUGAAUGAAGCACUGGGCCAGGCCCUAUCAGUGCCCUGCAUUCACACACACUCAUUGAGUGUCUGAGAGGGGUUUUAGCAGCUCACUAGAUUUUGGGAUAACCACUAAAUCGGGCACUUAAUCAAGGCAAGGAGACGAAGGCCACGACUCGAGGGAGGACAUUGUGAUAAUAUGUGGAGUGGGAGGAGAUGGAUUUCUUUUCUUUACGCUGAGAUUUGCACAGCAGGGCUGUCUAACAACCAGCUGAGUCCAGCGCUAACAAUGGUAACUGAUGGGAUUUGUUUCUCAGGUAUUGUUCAAUUGCGUCCCUUUGCAUUGAUGCAUAAAUUACUUUUUAUCGUAAAAGAACAGUCGUGCAUUGGGCUGAGUGCCCUUACUUUGCGCACCAUGAACACAAUGUCGCUAAUUAACAAUUUAACAGCGGCACUUUAAGGCAUUAUGUAAAGAUCAGACUUUCUUAUAUUUAGUUCAGCAUCCUUUAUGACUGGUUUAUCUUGAAUAGAGGUUCAUUCCAAGUUUGCUUCUGCAGACUCUGAUGAAUGAACACAAAGCAGCUAAUAGUUCAGGCCAGCAAUUGCUCAAUACUGGCAUUAAGAAAAGAAUCCUAAUUAAAGUGUGCAUGAAAAGGCUGAAUGAGAUGAUAAACGUGAAAGCAUUUGUUCGGAUUGACUUUGACUCUGAGAUCACCAGCAGGCCAGGAGGCGAUUUGUCCUCUGCAGUGCAGGCCGAUGUGUCACGCAACUUCAGUAAUUAAAUGAACACAGAGGUAGUUUAUGGAGCUUGAAUGUCACGCAGAUGAAAGACCUCCCCUUCAGCAAUGGCAUGACUGCACUGUAUGAGUGUUGAUAAGUGGGCACAUGUGGAACAAGGUCGCAGGUUUCUAACAAAGGAGAUAUAAAAUGUUUCACCAAUCACCUCUUGACUUGACAGCAGUAGGUGGAGACCAUUAAAAUGUCUGUCAGGCAUGCUCACAGCAACACCUGCGAAAAAGUGUCAGUCAUCUUUGAUGGUCGCCUCUUCUCUUUAUCUGGUCUUUUUGUUUUCCAGAUAUAGUAAAAGCAAAUAAAACGCAUGCUGUCAAUCUAAAGAGAGUUGGCAGAUGUGCCUGUUGUGAAUUAUUAAAUCAUAGUAAGUGUGACAGGCAUGGUGUAUUGGAUUGAGCAUAUUUGUAGCUCAUUCUGUUGGCAUAUUUUUGCAGCGGUUUUAUAGCUCCUGGUAAUUGCAAGGCGUCGGUGCAUCAUGUCAUUUUUAUUGAAGAUAUUUUACAGUAAAGAUUAUAAAUACAAACCGAUGCAAUAUGGUUUGCAUCUGGUGAUGAGUAAGCUGGACAAAAUGGCAGAAGGAGCAAUAAGUGAAAAAUGUUUGUUCCAUUGAUUCAUUUAGGUGACGGAUCACUAGUCUGACGGAUGAUGCACGCUUGUAUUGAUCACGAUACAGGCACUUUCAGAUGCAGAUAAAUCAAGGUGCAAACAAAGGAUUCAUAUGGUUUAGUAAAGACAAUAAAUCAGUGGUCACAUGGUUUCAGUAGCCAUGAAAAGCUGUGGCAGGGUAUUAAAGGCUAAACAAUAUACUGUAGGAUAAAGAUUGUGAAUGAGUAUAUUCUAUUUCACCCUAUUGCUUGAAUAUUGUAAGGCAUGCCGAUGUUGUGCAAGUGUUCCCGUAUCUAGCUGGGGCCGGAUUUUUGUCGAGCUCAUUUUGUGGGUUUACGUGAAUCUGUGCAGCCGGCGCUCCUGUCCCUAGCCACGCCCACUUCUCAGCACCUUCCCCCAUGUCACGACUCCUGGGGGCCCUGGAGCACAGCCGAGUGGAUAGCGGCAUCACGUUUUCCGCACCACUGGCAGUGAGUGCAUGCACCGUACCCUGUGGACGCCAUGUCAGACCGCUCUUAUGCUCAACUGCUUUGUCGAAAUCAGUAGAGAGCGAAUGGCAUCGGCCUCAAACGUGUUCCCCAUCUAUCUUGCCCAUGUGCUGCCUCGGCCGCCACUGUAGAGAUUGCUAUGCAGUCGCAUUCAUGCUGGCUCAGGGGCUUCCUUUUCAAUCUCUCGCACACUUUGUUAUAGGAAGGAGCAUUCACAAGGCAUUUUUGAGGCUGGCUUGUCUGCUCUCUUCACACAGUGUGAAAUUUAAAUCAGAUUUUAGUGCGAAUUAAACCACUUCUCCCCUCAGGGCUCUAUUUAAGUCUCGGAGACCUAAGGUCAUAGCUCCAAGAAUAAAGCUGUCAGUUAGCAACCGCCUGUUUGCUAGAUUCCCGUGAUGGAGGUUGCUUCCUCCACUGCUUCACAAUACAUGUCUGCUCCUGAUGGCAUCUCGUUUAAUUAGCUCCUAGCACACUAGCUGGUCCACUCAGAUAAGCUUCACUAUUAUAUUACUGGGAGCGUGUGUCUAAUCUACUAUCUCUUCAAUCUGCAUCCACUGUUGCAUUUACUCCAAUUACUGCGGUGUUUACUUUCAACCUCCAACCUAUAUCAUUUUGUUACCACUCAUCUCGUCUAAGAAUGCUCUCAUUGUUCAUUAGGUGAGGAUCAAAUAACCAUUAAUAACAGAUGUUAUACGGGAAUGUAUUCAGGCGUUUUAUCCUGCAACAUUCAUUAUUUUCUAAGUUGAAGAAUGUAGAUUUAAACGUUUUUUGAAUCACAAUAAAUUAAGCAGUGAAGACGAACACAAGCGUGCAAGUUCAGUCUCAGACAGCCCGGCCUUCAACAUGUAAUAACACAGAUAAAGUUGCAUAAUGAAUAUUUCAUGGGCAGAUGAACACACCCACGUGAGAGCCCCCUUUUCUGGAGCCAUAGGCUAUUGCAAAGUCCUGACCAGUGAGUAUUCAGCUUCACCCUUUUUUCUUCUGACAGAAUAAACUAGAUUGGCACUGCAGGGCAUCAGGCGGACAAAGAAGAGGGGGAAAAAAAUGCACUACCUUUUUCUUAAGAAUGCUGCUGUAAACACAGCAGAUUUCAAUGCCUUGCUCUCUCACGCUGCUGUGGCUCUCUGAAUAUUCCUCCUCAUAGCUUCUCUUCAUAUCCCUCCCACCACAUUCCCUCCCUCUCUCUCUCUCUCUCUCUCUCUCUCUCUCUCCUCCCAUCUCUUGCCUGCGUGCACCGUGCAGCUUUACGCUGAGCACUAGGCAUACAGAUGUAAGUUUCAGCAGGGCAACGGCCAGCGCUGGCAAGUGAAUAUGAGGUUGCCCUUUUGCUAACAUGCAGUAGUAUUCAGUAGAGUAUCCAGCAGUCAAGGCGGACUCAGAAGGCGAGAUGAAAACCUCCUGGAACUGUGUGUUCGUGUUUUAUUCUCUCCAUCCCUUUGUGUGGAUCUAUGCGUUUCUACUCUUAAAGCUUGGCAGCGAGAGGUGUUAUCUCGAGCACUGAGCUCAGCUUUAAAAGGAAAUUGCAAGACUCUAAAUCUGCCUGUAAGCCUCUGAUGAGCCUCUGAUUAACAGAUAAAGCGAGAGGAGGACACCCGGAGGAAUCGAGGAAAAACUUGCAGAGGGAAAUUUACACAAGUUCUGAUUUUGAUUUUUGGGACUGUUUUUAAAAAAGAUUUAAAUCUUUGUCCUUGACCUGCGUUUUAUGUAUCUGAAGUCUGCAGUGAUUGCAUAUUUGAUUCUCACACCAGCUGAGACGGAGAUGCUGUAUCGUUGUGCUUGGAUUUGGACUUCCUUUGAGAGGAUUUUGUUUUCACCUGAUCAGCGGUCCUUCACUGUUUGAAUCCACUCUGAUCUGCCCCCCCACCCUCCUGCCCUCUUUUCUUCUACUGAACAUUGUGAGCUUAGUCACUUAAGCGACUGGGCAGUGAUUUCUAACGGAGGCACGGCGCGUGACGCUUGAUUCGGAGUAGUUGGCACUGAUCUUUCUCACGCUCUUCAGGGUCCUCAAACGUUACAGCUCUGGGAGUUUGUCCUACCUGACUUAACAAGCAGAGAGUUUAAUUAGACUUUCUUCUAUUGGGACGGCCGGCCACAAGCCAGGAUGCAGGUGUCACUAGUGUGCACGGACCACCGUGGGGGGGUGAGCCGCACCACGGAAGACCGGCUAAACCGUCAGAACGCCAACAGCCCCAACACAGGCACCCGCAGCAAGUUCAGAGCGGUGGCGAUGGUGGCUCGCAGUCUUGGACAACUCUCUGUUCAGAGUGUGCCUUCCUCCAGCGAGCAAAGCAUAAGGACUGGCAUGAAGUAUAGAAACCUUGGGAAGUCAGGUCUGCGGGUGUCCUGCCUUGGAUUAGGAACAUGGGUGACGUUCGGUGGACAAAUAACGGAUGAGAUGGCAGAGCAGCUGAUGACUCUGGCCUAUGAAAAUGGCAUCAAUCUGUUUGACACAGCGGAAGUCUACGCUGCUGGGAAGGCAGAGGUGGUGCUCGGAAACAUCAUAAAGAAGAAAGGAUGGAGACGUUCAACUCUGGUGAUAACAACAAAGAUCUUCUGGGGUGGAAAAGCAGAGACUGAAAGAGGUUUAUCCCGAAAACACAUUAUAGAAGGUUUAAAAGCUUCUCUAGAACGACUGCAGUUAGACUACGUGGAUGUGGUUUUUGCGAACAGACCGGACCCUAAUACACCUAUGGAAGAAACGGUUCGAGCAAUGACCCAUGUGAUAAACCAAGGCAUGGCCAUGUACUGGGGAACAUCCCGCUGGAGCCCAAUGGAGAUAAUGGAAGCGUACUCUGUGGCGCGACAGUUCAACCAGAUUCCUCCCAUCUGCGAGCAGGCUGAGUACCACAUGUUCCAGCGAGAGAAGGUGGAGGUGCAGCUACCGGAGCUCUUCCAUAAGAUAGGUGUGGGGGCCAUGACGUGGUCACCACUGGCCUGUGGUAUCAUCUCAGGGAAAUACGACGGCAGGGUGCCUCCCUACUCUCGGGCCUCUCUGAAGGGUUACCAGUGGUUGAAGGACAAGAUCUUGAGUGAGGAGGGCCGGCGUCAGCAGGCGAAGUUGAAAGAGCUGCAGGCAAUCGCGGAGCGGCUGGGCUGCACUCUGCCCCAACUCGCCAUCGCGUGGUGCCUACGGAACGAGGGGGUGAGCUCAGUCCUCUUAGGGGCGUCCAACACCGAGCAGUUGAUGGAGAACAUAGGAGCGAUACAGGUCCUUCCAAAGUUGUCAACGUCCAUCACACACGAGGUGGACAGCAUCCUGGGGAACAAGCCGUACAGUAAAAAGGACUACCGCUCCUAACGCACAGCGCGGCCCCGCCCGGCAGGGCUGCACCCGGGCUGCAGCCGCAGCGCCCCACCUUUGCCUGAUCCUCUGUUUGCUUGAGCUUUUACUGAGUGAGACCCUGGCGCAUGAGUCUGGCCACACCGAGGUCACCCAGGGCACCUCAUUUAGAGUUACAGGGAUAAGAUAAGGAAAGGGGGGGGGGGAAUACAGUUACCUCCGCAGAAAGGGAAGGAAAGAAAGACAAAAGUGGAAGGGAGGUUAGGGAUAUGCGCUCAUACUUAAAUCAGUGAUACAUUCAAUUCAGCUGAACGUAUUUUAAAACGGUAGAGAAAAAUACCUUUAAAAAAAUAAGCACACGCUUGCUUGGCAGCCAGAUUUCUCUUCUUUUUUUCUUUUUUGUUUCUUUGUUUUUCUAAAAAUUGAAUGCAACCAAAAGGAAGAUUAAGUUCAUACUGUAUGAAUAUAUAUGAGAACUACUCAGUUGCACAUGUACCAUAGCCAUGCAUUUGUUCCUUGGAUGUUCUGUUUACAAAACACCUGUGUACUGUAAGAGUCUGUCAAGCUUUCUCUGUAAAACCUUUUGUUUAUGUUGUGGACAUCGUCAGUGUGUGAGCCUCGUCGUGGGCUUUAACAAUCAGCACUUUAGUAUUGUCGGUGUGGUGUCGGACGGUAGUUCUAAAGAGGCGAGAGGAUGGGUCUUAAAAUAGUCUCAUAGCCAUUGCACUAUAGAAUCAUAUCUCCUGAUGAUUCCCUCUCCUCCUCAUCCUCGCUUUGUGUCUUGAGGCGCCUCCUCUGUCCUGACCUGUGGGAUGAUGCGUCAGGGCAACACAUCUGCCACUGAAGACAGUAGCCAUUUUAUUGGUCCCUAACGGUAGGAACUGCAGUCGGAUCAAAUGCAGUGUCACUGUGUCGCCCAGCCUCUGAUCUCUGUUUUCAGGCUGAGGGUUCACUGUGCAGGAAAGUGGUUGUAUCAGUGCUGGCUCCACAUCUCAUGGAAGCUUCUCCUUGCUCAAGUAUUUUUGCCUUAUUUACAGUUGCAUCAGACAGUGCUGUAGGCUUUUGGCGUAGACGAGCAGCUCGACCGCUGUCCCUUUUGGCCGACUUGGUCCCGUGUCCCCUGUGAAAGCUGGAACGCUGACUGGUGGAAGUGGCAUCAGUUGCGAGUGUGUCCAGUUAAUCAGUGGGUAGCAGCAGCUCAGGGAACAGAGCAGGUGGUUUUAUCCGUGUGUUGGCGUGCACAUGGUCAGGAGGUUGUUUUUACUCGUCUGUCUUUCAUGUGUGGACACCGGGCAGGACCAGUGACACUUUAGCGUGGCUUGAGCCAAAGACCUUCUUCAUCUCUCUUUGAAGACACACCCGUGUUCCACUCUCACUUCCUGCAAGAUUAUAGAACUCAUCUUGGCGCAUGUGCUAUCCAGCUUAUCUAUCUAUGAUAUGGACUUUACUCCAUAUAUCUAUACAUAUAUCUUUACUGGACCACACUGUUAUACUAGUUAACAGAUAUGCCCUUCAUAUACAGAAUGCAUAAGUACAGCUACUUGCUUUAGGAUCGGUAAGGUUUGUUUCAGGCGACGUGCAACCUGAGACAUGUCAGAAAUAUUACUGCAGAAUUUGACGCAGCCCUCCAUCAUUCUUUCUCCUUUGGGUGGUCUCUUACUGUGAUUAAAGCACAAGUGGAUAGCAUGUGAUACAUCCUCUUUUACCCAGCCUACAGGAGCUGUGGGACAAGUGAGGUGACGCUACCCUGCUUACCAAUAUGUGUAGGCAACUCAAAUCUUUACUAACAGCUGAUACAAUAUUGAUUCUUAGCAGAAAAUGAACACAUUAAGAAAACUGUCCUAUUGGUGUGAAUGAGACGUUGAAGUGGAGGGGAUAAUCAAAGUGUGGAUGAGGUCUGCUUCGUUAACUCCUCUUAGGUGACUUUUAACAGCAACAAAGUGAUUUCAUGUCUAUUGAUCCUGUGUGUGUGUGGGGGGGGGGGGGGAGAGUAAACUAAUCCCUUGCUUUAGCCUGUUGUAUUAGUUAAUCCCUGUAUACGUGUGAUUUGCUGUGUCUGAGUGUUUUCUCAGAAGAAGAGAAAAGCAAAGAACAUUUAGUUGAGUUAGUCUGUGGGGUUCUUGUGUCUUAAUCUUUCCAUCUGCAGGGAGCGGGGGGGACGUCUGAGACUUUGUUCGGCAUUUUGGGACUUUUUCGCUUUCUCACUGAAAGUUAAAAUUCUAAAAGGUUGAUAACUUACCAUGUUUUCACUUUGACACAAGACCUGUUAAUUUCCCCCAAUAAAACAGCACAUUUAGGUUUUUGGUGAAGAAGAAACUAACAACAUAUACCGUCUAAAGUAGCGAGCUUUGGACCUGCUGGUCGGCAGACUGUAUUACCUUUGUAUGGAGUCAUGAUAGCGGUUGUCAGUCUUUAUGCUAAGCCAAGUUAGGCUGCUGGCGGUGGCUUCGUUUUUAACGUACAGACGUGUGUUAAAUAUCUUUUCAAUCUUUUCAUCGAACUCUCAGCAAAGAAAGCGAUUCAGCGCAUCACCCAAAAUGUCAAACUUUCCAUUUAAAUGGUAUCGCUGUGCGUUUUGUUUGACCACCAGUGUUGUUUCACACCGUGCUGACCUGCCCAACAAAGAUCUUAUGGUGUUCAAAGGUUUCUGCACAUUGUAGAAAUAACUCAAUGUUUUAAGGCUGAAGUGUAGUAAGUCAUGCUCUAAGAGGUCAGUUUCUUCAUAUUUGCUGUUCCAACAUUGUAAUGACUAGUUCAGAGAUGAAAACGGACCCAGCGGUGGAUAGAGCUUAUUUUACUCUAGGUUAUACAGAGAAUAUAUUUUUACGUUUUAGCCUUUUAAUGCAGUCAACAGAAUCAAAAGAACAGUUUUUAUUUUUUUCAUCAUGCUGCAUUUUUCCUUUCAGUGUCGUAUCGAUUUUAAGACGGACAAAAACAAGUCAUUUCUUUGUGUUGUGUAUGCAUUGAUGAGGAAUGCUGUGAGGUGAAUGCAAUGGUGGACUGAAUUCAUUCUGAAGAUGACGUCGAUAGUCUGGUAUCUCCUGUACAUAGUUUGACCUUUGUAUAUAUUUUUGGUUGUGUUCACCUCUGCCUUUUCUUUUUUUAGUUUUCUUUUGCAGGCGUUGCUAUCUGCACUGUGCUUGAAUCUGAAUUUAGACAGGAUGUACAGCUUCGAUCUUCAAUGAUAAAAUAAUGGGAAACUAA